CAUGAAACAAGCACGCGAAACACAAGAGCAAAACACAAACAUGAAAUAAGCAGUCGGUCAAUAUGUUCGCUAGUAAUUUUUACUCAAAAAGUUAUGCUGCUUUUCCCAAUUUGAAGCGCAUUCUUUGCACUGCAGCCAAACGUAAACCCGAGGUAACUUUGGAAGAAUCGACAAAGCAUGCUUUAGAUGCCGGUCAAUAUAAACCUAGACAUCACGAAGGUAGACUAACCAGCGGAUGCAUCAGCGUACCAGAUUCGAUUGUGAAUGCAAUCAUCAAAAGCUGUAAAGACCACCCGGUUAAGGCAUUGCUAACCGAGGGUGCCAAGUUGGACAACUUUUUGCGAUCCCGAAAGCCGCCGCUUGAACAUGAUGAGCUUAGAAAAAGAAUUAACGAAUGUAGGCAGUUUGUGGGAGCGGAAUUUCGGGAAAGAUUUCAUGUAGAAGAGAUGGCUGAAGAACAAUUAACCUAUAUCAAUAAAGUGGUGGAAGCACAAUCAAAAAAACGGGCCAAGCAACAAAUAUAUGCCUGGAAACCUAUUGAUUAUGACGAGUUCAAAAGCCUCGAAUAUCUGUUGGGUCGAUCGGCCGCAGAAUAUGCGGUUUUGAUGCGAAUAUUUGAGGAAAUCAAAAAACGCGAUUCCGAAUUCAAACCUCGUAGUUUUAUAGAUUUUGGUUCGGGUGUCGGUACGGGCACAUGGGCAGCGUCCAAUAUUUGGAAGGAAAAUAUCUUCGAGUACGUUUCCAUCGAUGCGUCUCCUGCUAUGAAUGAACUAGCCGAACUGAUUCUUCGCGGUGGAGAAAUGAACAAGUCAAUGAGCGUUCGAGGUGUAUUCUAUAGGCAGUUUCUGCCGGCUUCACAUAGCAAGUACGACAUUGUAUUGAGUGCGUUCUCUUUGUUUGAACUGCCAUCGAAAAAAACUCGAACUGAUGUGUUGGAAAAUUUGUGGAAUAAAUGCGACGGUUAUCUAGUGCUGGUAGAGCAAGGAUCGUAUGCAGGCUAUUCGUUGAUUGAAGAAGCGAGGGAAUAUCUUUUGGAGAAAAUCAACUCCAGUGGUAGCGAAUAUCAUAUUUUUGCUCCGUGCCCUCAUCAUCAGCAAUGCCCACGAAUGGUGCUGGAGGAUGGAACACCGUGUAAUUUUGAAUCAAGCUACAAUCAAUUACCUCUGGGAAAUCAGGGUGAAUCUAGUAAGUUUUUGUAUUCCUAUGUAGUAUUCAAAAAAGGAAUUGCCUCACGGCAAGGUAAGCUUCCAAGGUUGGUUAGGCCAACACUUGUUCGAUCGAAACAUUCUAUUUGCCGAAUGUGCACAGAUGAGGGGAAACUGCAAGAGAUCAUAUUCACGGCUGCUAAACAUGGGACAAACCUAUACCGAUGUGCAAAGGCUAGUAAAUGGGGCGAUCUGCUACCAAUCAAAAUAAAUAAAAGCAGCUGAUUUCUGAAGCUGAGGAAAUCGAUACCUUCGAAUCGGAGGAAAGUUGAACUUUGGAGUGUCCCAGGUUGUUGUAUGGAAAAUUAGAAAAUAAAAGCAAGCUUAUGCGUUAGACCA